UUCAAUAAAAUGGAAUAAAAAUAAUUUAAAAUUUAAAAAAUAUAAAUAAAUAAAAAAUUACAACAAAGUAAAAGCGAAAUUUAAUUGUUGUUUUGAGGUCACAUUUAUACAAAUUAAUUAAACAACAAAUUUCAAAUAGAAGUCAAACAAGAAAAACCGUUAAAUAUAAAAGCAAAGGAGAAGAAAUACUUUGGAAUUUGCUUCACAUUUAGUACAAAUAAUGGAUCCUCAACAGCAGAUGCAGCAAACGGAAAAAAUAAUUGUUGAGAUGUUGGAAUUUUUAGAAUCUAGCAGCGAAGAAGAAAAUGACCUUGACCAUCCAACAUCAGAGAAGUGCCCUGAAGAUGCCCAAAUUACGAGUAUUAAAAAAGAUUUUAAUGAUAAUAUUGUAACGGAAAAGCUUAAAAUAAAUACAAAAACUGGAAAUGACUCGAAAAAAUAUAAGAAACCCACAACAGCUAUAGCCAAGGAGUUAAAGAAAUUGAAACAACAAUUUCCCAUAUGGAAUACCAAAGAAAUUGCUAAGAACUAUAAAACAUUGCCAAAUCUCCACAAAGCUCCUGAAACUUUGGAUGAUUGUUUAAAUUGUAAAACAUCUGCAUCCAGAUUUGAUAAAGCCAAUGUGCAGGUGGAUGCUGAUAUUCCCGCUUCCGAUUAUGCCAAUGUAGAGUGGCACAACAAAUUAGAAGCUAAUUGUCGUCGUAGUACUAGCAAUUCGUACAUACAAGAGAUCCAUAAAGCUAUAUAUCAAGAUACAACCGGUCACCCUCCUAGUGGCUCUGCGGACUACUAUCAAGCAGCGCAAAAUUAUGCGCUUUAUGGUAAACAUUUUUUAGAUUUUCCUGAAAAUCUACAAGCUGUUCUAAACGAUAAAAACUCACAAAAUACCGGCGGUGCAGAAAAUUCCAAUUUGAUAACAAACUUUGGCAACGAUCUUUAUGCGAAACCUAAAACCGCAACUCCAAAUGCUAUAGCUGCUCCCCUUACAUCAGCAGCUGCAACCGCCGCCACUUAUUAUCAAAUAUGUAAUAGUAUGCAGGCACAAGCAAGACCGCCACCAGCUCUAUCUAAUAAUACUCCUAGAAACUCAACAGCUUAUGGUAUAUUUUUGGGCAAUAAAGUCACUUACGUAGCCGGCACACCAACAAGCCCAUCAUUGAUUUAUAAUCAACAUAGUGCAACUACAACAAAUUUCGUAGCGAAUAGUUUAGCCAAUGCAGCCCUAGCCACAUCGCCAACCAUCCUCUAUACGAAUCCCAUGUUGACCACAACGACACAACAAUAUCUGAACACUUUCUUCAAAGAGUCUCAAUUUCUAAGUACAGCGGCAUUAACGACAAAUUCUUCACAAGCGGCUACGGUGCCUUCGAAUGCCAGCGGUGCUGGAAUUUAUGAACGUUUGCUGUACGCCCAACUGUUGCAACAGCAAAUAUAUCAAACACAACAGGCGGCCGCCGUAGCAGCAAUGUUCCAACAUAAACAACGUGCCGCUGUGGCGGCUGCUACACUAGCUGCGGCAGCACGUCAGUCGAGCACUGGACAAAAUGGAAAUGUUAUUGCAAACACCAACCGGGCAUCGCCACAACAUUUAACUACAGUGCCUUCAACAACUGCCAGCAGUAAUGGAUUAACUUUGAAUAGUUGUAUGCGACAAGCUAGAAGUAGUUCGCCAUCAGAAUUGCUGCGAAUGAAGCAACAGAUAACUCCCUCAAUUCCGGCAUCUGGUAAUAAUGAGAGCUCUAAAUCUUCGAGCGAUUAAGUUGGCAAAUUUUAUUCCUUUAGUUGUUAAAGAAUUUUUCGUUUUAUAUUUAGUUUUAUUAUGAGAGUCGUUUUCGUAGUCGAAGUCAGUUUUUUUCGACAACUAAUAAUUUCAAUAUACAAAUUCGAACUUUUUCGAAUAUUCCGUAAACACCUUAAUUUUCCAUACGUCAAUGGCUCUCAUAAUAAGGACAAUUCGUUUUAACUUUUUAUUUCUUUUAUAAUACAAUAAUUUUCA